CGUCCCAGGGCCCGCGGGUCUCGGGUGGGAGCUUUUCCUCCCAGUCGCACUUGGUUGAGUUCCCCCGGGACUUUUGAAGUUCCGGCCCGCGCCGGACUUUUGGGAUUCCCUCUUCCCGCCGACACCAUGUGGAUCCAGGUGCGCACCAUGGAUGGGCGAGAGACCCACACGGUGGACUCGCUGUCCAGGCUGACCAAGGUGGAGGAGCUGAGGCGGAAGAUCCAAGAGCUGUUCCACGUGGAGCCAGGCCUGCAGCGGCUCUUCUACCGGGGCAAGCAGAUGGAAGACGGCCACACACUCUUUGACUACAACGUGCGCUUGAAUGACACCAUCCAGCUCCUGGUGCGCCAGAGCCUCGUGCUGCCGCCCAGUCUCAAGGAGCGCGACUCCGAGCUCUCAGACACCGACUCGGGCUGCUGCCUGGGCCAGAGUGAGUCCGACAAGUCCUCCACCCACGGUGAGGCGGCCCCCGAGGCAGAUGGCAAGACCAACCUUGCGGACACGGACACGUGGGACGAGACGGAGCUAGGACUCUACAAGGUGAAUGAGUACGUCGAUGCCCGAGACACGAACAUGGGGGCGUGGUUCGAGGCCCAGGUGGUCCGGGUGACACGGAAGGGCCCUUCCCGGGACGAGCCCUGCAGCUCUACCUCCAGCCCGACUCUGGAAGAAGACGUCAUCUACCACGUGAAAUAUGACGAGGACUCUCUGAGGCCGGCCGCCUCCCUGCCCGGAAUGUCUCUGAUCUCCAGCCCCCGACAGGCGGAGUCUUCGAGCCUCUCUUCUCUUCCGUUUGUUUCAAACUUGGUGACUACGGAACACGGCCCCGCGGCCCCCGCAGUCCACGCCCCGCGUGGGUCGGACUCCACAGAGCGCCCGGGGCCACGGGGGAUCUCGCUCUCCUUGCUGGCGGGCUUCCCUUCUGGGACGUCCCCGUGCCGGGACCUCCGCGAGACGCACGUGGCCGGCCCUGCGGCGGGCAUCGGCGAGCCGCAGUCCCCAGGACAAACCUGGCCUCUCCAGUUUGGCCAGACCGCUUCCUUGGGAAGCCCCCACGCCCGUCUUUUGCCCACUGUCUGGGCCGCUUCUGUGCUCCGAGGCCAGGGUGCAGUUGUGCAGAGGCCGUGGGACCGGCACGGCUGGGUGUUGUCCCCAGGCCCUGGGCAGGAGGUGUCCACAGAGUCCUAUCUGCCUCGCCUCGUGUAUGUGCGUGGUGGAAUUUGCAUAACGGAAGACUUGUCGGGGGCUCGAUGGGACAGGAACCCCCGAGGCCCCGAUGACGCGGUUAGACCCAGCGUGGCCCGGGCGAGGGUGGGCUCAGGGCCGAGCCCCCGGGCGCCUGGCGGGUUGGGCAGCCAAGUUCAGCGCUCGCCUCCCCUUAGGGACGACUCUCUGGACGGCUGCCGGAUCGUCUUCGUGGAUGAAGUCUUCAAGAUUGAGCGCCCGGGCGAGGGCAGCCCCAUGGUGGACAACCCGCUGAGACGCAAGAGCGGGCCCUCCUGCAAGCACUGCAGGGACGACGUGAGCAAGCCGUGCCGCGUGUGCGCCUGCCACCUGUGCGGGGGCCGGCAGGACCCCGACAAGCAGCUCAUGUGCGACGAGUGCGACAUGGCCUUCCACAUCUACUGCCUGUGCCCGCCGCUCAGCAGCGUCCCCAGCGAGGACGAGUGGUACUGCCCCGAGUGCCGGAACGAUGCCAGCGAGGUGGUCCUGGCGGGGGAGAAGCUGAAGGAGAGCAAAAAGAAGGCGAAGAUGGCUUCCGCCACAUCGUCCUCGCAGCGCGACUGGGGCAAGGGCAUGGCGUGUGUGGGCCGCACCAAGGAGUGCACCAUCGUCCCGUCCAACCACUACGGACCCAUCCCGGGGAUCCCCGUGGGCACCAUGUGGCGGUUCCGAGUGCAGGUCAGCGAGUCAGGUGUCCACCGGCCACACGUGGCAGGCAUCCACGGCCGGAGCAACGAUGGGGCCUACUCUCUGGUCCUGGCAGGGGGCUACGAGGAUGAUGUGGACCAUGGGAAUUUUUUCACAUACACAGGUAGUGGUGGGCGAGAUCUUUCCGGCAACAAGAGGACUGCGGAGCAGUCUUGUGAUCAGAAGCUCACCAACACCAACAGGGCACUGGCUCUCAACUGCUUCGCCCCCAUCAAUGACCAGGAGGGGGCCGAGGCCAAGGACUGGAGGUCAGGGAAGCCAGUCAGGGUGGUUCGCAACGUCAAGGGCGGCAAGCACAGCAAGUAUGCGCCUGCAGAAGGCAACCGCUACGACGGCAUCUACAAGGUGGUGAAGUACUGGCCCGAGAAGGGCAAGUCCGGCUUCCUCGUGUGGCGCUAUCUGCUGCGGCGGGACGACGAGGAGCCCGGCCCCUGGACCAAGGAGGGCAAGGACCGGAUCAAGAGACUGGGGCUGACCAUGCAGUAUCCGGAAGGCUACUUGGAAGCCCUGGCCAACAGGGAGAAGGAGAAGGAGAACAGCAAGCAGGAGGCAGAGGAGGAUGAGCAGCAGGACUUCCCGACGCCCCGGAAGGGCAAGUGGAAGCGGAAGUCGGCAGGUGCGUGUCAGUACCUGGGCCCCGGCCCCGGCAGCCCCGCGCUGGCCCCCUUCCUCAACGCGUGUCCUUCAGUUGUGCUCUGGUCCCUCAUGUGGCGCAUCUCCACGGGGAGGAGGACCCAGCAGGGUUCGCCCUCGGGCCUGUUUUCCCAUUCUGGGGUGGGGAUGAUAGCCUCCUGGGUCUGGUUCCAGACAUUUCUGGGCAAGGUGGAGGAGACCUUCCAGUGCAUCUGUUGCCAAGAGCUGGUGUUCCGGCCCGUCACCACUGUGUGCCAGCACAACGUGUGCAAGGACUGCCUGGACAGGUCCUUCCGCGCUCAGGUGUUCAGCUGCCCGGCCUGCCGCUGCGACUUGGGCCGGGGCUACGCCAUGCAGGUCAACCAGCCACUGCAGGCCGUGCUCAGCCAGCUCUUCCCCGGCUACGGCAAUGGCCGGUGA